CAGAGAGCCUGAAUUCCACGUCAAAAGCCACUCUGCCAUUCCUUCCAGUCAGCCUUGAUUUCUCAGUCUGUCCCCUCAGGGCUGCUCUUCCAGAUAUUUUGGUGCUUUGCCGAUAGCUCAUGGUUGACAUCUCAGACAGAGAAAAAUUUGAGGGAGGAUGGACGCAAAAGCUCGGAAUUGUUUGCUUCAAUAUAAAGAAGCUCUGGAAAAGGACAUCAAAACAGCCUACAUCAUGGAUCACAUGAUUGGUGAUGGAGUUUUAACAAUUUCGGAGGAGGAAAAAGUGAAAAAUGAGCCUACUCAACAGAAACGGGCAGCUAUGCUAAUUAAAAUGAUACUUAAAAAAGAUAAUUAUUCCUACAUAUCGUUCUAUAAUGCUCUACUACUUGAAGGAUAUAAAGAUCUUGCUGCCCUUCUCCAAGAUGGCAUUCCUGUUGUCUCUUCUUCCAGUGGCAAAGAUUCAGUCGGUGGAAUAACUACAUAUGUAAGGACAGUACUGUGUGAAGGUGGAGUACCACAGAGGCCAGUUGUUUUUGUUACUAGGAAGAAGCUGGUGAAUGCAAUUCAGCAAAAGCUCUUCAAAUUGAAUGGUGAACCAGGAUGGGUCACCAUAUAUGGAAUGGCAGGCUGUGGGAAGUCUGUAUUAGCUGCAGAAGCUGUUCGAGAUCAUUCUCUCUUAGAAGGUUGUUUCCCCAGUGGUGUGCACUGGGUUUCGGUUGGGAAACAGGACAAAUCUGGGCUUCUGAUGAAAAUGCAGAAUCUUUGUACACGGUUGGAUCAGGAUGAGAGUUUUUCCCAGCGGCUUCCACAUAAUAUUGAAGAGGCUAAAGAUCGUCUCCGCGUUUUGAUGCUUCGCAAAUAUCCAAGGUCUCUGUUGAUCUUGGAUGAUGUUUGGGAUCCUUGGGUUUUGAAAGCUUUUGAUAAUCAGUGUCAGAUUCUUCUUACAACCAGAGACAAGAGUGUUAUAGAUUCAGUAAUGGGCCCCAAAUAUGUAGUCCCUGUGGAGAGUAGCUUAGGAAAAGAGAAAGGACUUGAAAUUUUAUCCCUUUUUCUUAAUGUGAAGAAAGCAGAUUUGCCAGAACAAGCUCAUAGUAUUAUAAAAGAAUGUAAAGGUUCUCCCCUUGUAGUGUCUUUAAUUGGUGCACUUUUACGUGAUUUUCCCAAUCGCUGGGACUACUACCUCAGACAACUUCAGAAUAAGCAAUUUAAGAGAAUAAGGAAAUCUUCAUCUUAUGAUUAUGAGGCUCUGGAUGAAGCCAUGUCUAUAAGUGUGGAAAUGCUCAGAGAAGACAUCAAAGAUUAUUACACAGAUCUUUCCAUCCUUCAGAAGGAUGUGAAGGUGCCUACAAAGGUGUUAUGUAUUCUCUGGGACAUGGAAACUGAAGAAGUUGAAGAUAUACUGCAGGAGUUUGUUAAUAAAUCUCUCUUAUUUUGUGAUCGGAAUGGAAAGUCAUUUCAUUAUUAUUUACACGAUCUUCAAGUAGAUUUUCUUACAGAGAAGAAUCGCAGUCAGCUUCAGGAUCUACAUAAGAAGAUGAUCACUCAGUUUCAGAGGUAUCACCAGCCACAUACUCUUUCACCAGAUCAGGAGGACUGCAUGUAUUGGUACAACUUUCUGGCGUAUCACAUGGCCCGUGCCAAUAUGCACAAAGAACUUUGUGCUUUGAUGUUUUCUUUGGAUUGGAUUAAAGCAAAAACAGAACUCGUAGGCCCUGCUCAUCUGAUUCAUGAAUUUAUGGAAUACAGGCAUAUAUUGGAUAAAAAGGAUUGUGCGGUCUGUGAGAAUUUUCAAGAGUUUUUAUCUUUAAAUGGGCACCUUCUUGGACGACAGCCAUUUCCUAAUAUUGUACAACUGGGUCUCUGUGAACCUGAAACUUCUGAGGUUUAUCAGCAAGCUAAGCUGCAGGCCAAGCAGGAGGUCGAUAACGGAAAGCUUUACCUGGAAUGGAUAAACAAAAAAAACAUCAAGAAUCUCUCCCGCUUAGUUGUCCGCCCCCAUACAGAUGCUGUUUACCAUGCCUGCUUUUCUCAGGAUGGUCAGAGAAUAGCUUCUUGUGGAGCUGAUAAAACCUUGCAGGUGUUCAAGUCUGAAACAGGAGAGAAACUUCUAGAAAUCAAGGCUCACGAGGAUGAAGUGCUUUGUUGUGCAUUCUCUAGGGAUGACAGAUUUAUAGCAACUGGCUCAGUGGAUAAAAAAGUGAAGAUUUGGAAUUCUAUGACUGGGGAACUAGUGCAUACAUAUGAUGAGCACUCAGAGCAGGUCAGCUGCUGCCAUUUCACCAACAACAGUCAUCAUCUUCUCUUAGCCACCGGGUCAAGUGACUCAUUUCUCAAACUCUGGGAUUUGAAUCAAAAAGAAUGUCGAAAUACCAUGUUUGGCCAUUUAAAUUCAGUCCAUCACUGCAAAUUUUCACCAGAUGAUAAGCUUUUGGCUAGUUGUUCAGCUGAUGGAACAUUAAAGCUUUGGGAUGUAAGAUCAGCAAAUGAGAAGAAAAGCAUUAAUGUGAAGCAAUUCUUCCUUAAUUCAGAGGACCCCCAGGAGGAUAUGGAAGUGAUAGUGAAAUGUUGCUCAUGGUCUGCUGAUGGUGCUAGGAUAAUGGUGGCGGCAAAAAAUAAAAUCUUUCUUCUUGACAUUCAUACCAGUGACCUUUUGGCAGAAAUCCACACGGGCCAUCAGAGCACUAUCCAGUACUGUGACUUCUCCCCUCAAAACCACUUAGCUGUGGUGGCUUUGUCCCAAUACUGUGUAGAGCUGUGGAAUAUAGACUCAUGUCUAAAGGUAGCUGAUUGCAGAGGACAUUUAAGUUGGGUUCAUGGAGUGAUGUUUUCUCCUGAUGGAUCAUCAUUUUUAACGUCUUCUGACGACCAGACAAUCAGGCUCUGGGAGACAAAGAAAGUAUGUAAGAACUAUGAUAUAGUGUUAAAGCAAGAAGUAGAUGUUGUGUUUCAAGAAAAUGAGGUGACGGUUCUUGCAGUUGACAAUAAAAGACGUCUACAACUCAUUAAUGGAAAAACAGGUCAGAUUGAUUAUCUGACUGAAGCUCAAGUUAGUUGCUGUUGCUUAAGUCCACACCAUCAGUAUGUUGCCCUUGGAGAUGAAGAUGGAGCCAUUCAGAUUUUAGAACUUCUGAACAACAAAAUCUUCCAGUCCAGAAUUGGGCAUAAGAAAGCUGUACGGCAUAUCCAGUUCACAGCCGAUGGGAAGACUCUUAUUUCAAGUUCUGAUGAUUCUGCAAUUCAGGUGUGGAAUUGGCAGUCAGAGGAAUAUGUCUUUCUGCAAGCCCAUCAGGAAACAGUGAAAGACUUUAGACUCCUGGAAAAUUCAAGAUUGCUUUCUUGGUCAUUUGAUGGAACAGUGAAGGUGUGGAAUAUUAUUACUGGAAGAAUGGAAAAAGACUUUGCCUGUCAUCAGGGUACAGUACUUUCUUGUGAUAUUUCUCUUGAUGUGACCAAGUUUUCAUCUACCUCUGCUGACAAGACUGCAAAGAUUUGGAGUUUUGAACUUCUUUCCCCUCUUCACGAAUUGAGGGGCCACAGUGGCUGUGUGCGCUGCUCUGCCUUCUCUGUGGACAGUACCCUGCUGGCAACCGGAGACGACAAUGGAGAAAUCAGGAUAUGGAAUGUCUCAAAUGGUGAGCUUCUCCAUCUGUGUGCUCCGAUUACAGAGGAAGGGGCGAGCACCCACGGAGGCUGGGUGACCGACCUGUGCUUUUCUCCAGACAGUAAAAUGCUUGUCUCUGCCGGCGGAUAUCUUAAGUGGUGGAAUGUUGUCAUCGGGGACUCCUCACAGACCUUCUAUACAAAUGGAACCCAUCUUAAGAAAAUACAUGUGUCCACUGACUUCAAAACAUUUGUGACUGUUGAUAAUCUUGGUAUUUUAUAUAUUUUACAGAUUUUAGAGUAAAAU